AUGGACGUGCUCGACAUGGAGGACGACAUGCUGGAGUUGAGCAGCGGCGACAUGCGUGACAUGUGGGACACGUCCAGCAUGCUGGAAACGUCGCUGACGGAGGAGGACGGCGAGUGGGGCGGCUACGAGGGCGGGCGCUCCUCAUCCGUCAUCUUGCACGACCGCAUGAUCACCGAGGCUAGCCUGCCGGCGAGCUGCCGACCAGAGAACUCCGGCGACGCCAGCCAGGCCCCGCUCAUAGCCGUCAAGAUAGAGGACGAUAUGGAGGACGAGUGCUUCCCGGCCAUCUCCAUGUCGAAGCCGCUGCAACUGCUGCGCACCCAGCGGCCCGGCCAGGCUGGCCAGGUCAAGGUGACCUCCGGUCCCUCGAUGCUGCGGCCACAGACGAUCGUGUUGACAACCUCACGACCAUCGCUGCUGGGGCGUGGCUCGGCCAGCACCACCUACCCCCGGCUCAGCGUCAAACUGGAGCCGACAUCCAGCGCAGCGUUCCUGCUGCCGCCGACGCCUCCGUCCUCGUCGGACUCUGAGGGCGGCAGCUCACCGCCGCACGCCGGCGCCCGACUCUCGCCGGCCGGCCCGGUGGCGCCGGGCGCGCCCCGCGUGCUGGUCACCACAGGCCGGCCGUCUGUGCGACACAUCAGCUCGGCGCUCAUCUCCACCACGCCGCGGGGGGCGCACGGCACGCUGUACCUGACGGAGGAGGAGAAGCGCACGCUCAUCUCAGAGGGAUACGCUAUCCCCAGCCGGUUGCCGCUGUCCAAAGCCGAGGAGCGGUCACUGAAGAAAAUACGACGGAAGAUCAAGAACAAGAUCUCGGCGCAGGAAAGCCGGCGGAAGAAGAAGGAGUACAUGGAUCAGAUGGAGCGGCGGCUGGACCAGAUGGCCGCCGACAACGACGAGUACCGCCAGCGGGUGGCCGAACUGGAGGCGCGGCGCGCCCGACUGGACGCCACCAACACCCGACUGGAGCAGCGCAACACGGAGCUGUGCCGCCAGCUGGAGCAGCUGCGCGCCGUCCUGGGAGCCGCCUGUCCCUCGAUGCAGGAUGAGGCGCCCUUAGCAGAAGCAAAAUAGUUCUCGUCCAUCACUACAUUAGCAAAUGCGGGGAGCAGCUGAAUUCGUCGUCCAUCUAGUCUUCCAUCCUCAUUGACUACGUGCUCGGCUAACACCGGCGCCGCCGCAAACGCCGCGAUGGGAGCGUCACCUAUUCAGCUUCACUGCGACUCGGGCGCCAUCUGCCCAGAAGAGGACGACCUCUGUACAAAGCUGCUGUCAGCUCCACCCCAGCCGUGGAGGAGCGCGUUUGACCACUGCAUGAGCGAAAAGUUACGAGUGCUGCUAAACUGGUUUGUGCGUCUUUAGUUAGCAACUGGAGAAAUCUUGGUCUACGCUUCACGAAGAUGUGAUGCAUAUUUCCAAAAAUGAUGUGCCGGAUGACACUGUUCACGUUGCUGUUGAGAAGAUAUCAGCCGUUGAAGUUCAUAUACCACCCACAGUGCCUAUACCGUGGUCGUGAAAAGUUUAUAUUUAUCGUUACUGUCGUGACAUAUUUUAUAGAUUGGACUGUUCUGCACAAACACCAGGUAAUAGUUAAGAAUGGAAGCAGGUCAAUUUGCAAGCGACACCACAGACAAGAUACCAAUGUUAAUGAACAUGACAAUGAGCAUCACAAACAUCCUUUCAACAUCUCACAAAGUAUCGCCAGGAAAAUGCUUGGAAUAUUUCGUGUGCAUUGCCCAUAUAAUUGGUGCCAAAGCGUUUGUCACGCUCCUGAAUGUGGGUACAAGCAUUUCCCUUACGUAACAUUCCACAUGCUCUAUUGGCAGUAGACCAAUUCAUCACCCCACGCUGAGCAAUCACCUUUGUUUGGCUGGCACUGAAUCCCCUUCGUUCUAAGCUCGUUCGUGGUAAUGCAUGUUGCCUUAAAGACGUCUGGUUUGCCGUCCGUUGGCUGCUGUGCUUGUCCCUCGUCUCUGUGCGGUGGUGUUUGGGUUGGCUGCGCCCUGUGAUGCACCCUGCUCACGCCGGCCUUCAUUGCCUUCGAAGCAUCAUCAAAUUACCAUUGUAGUAUACGUGCAGGUCGUGGCUCCCAGUGAAAGCGGCAGUGCGCCCACUCUAAGCGACAUUGCAAGCCGUUUUGAUGGUUUGUUAAAUAUAAACUAGCUUUUCUUACAUAAUUAGUUGGGUCGUGCCGGAUAUGCCAGACUAGAACAUUCCAGUGUUUCGUGAAAGAACCAGAUCAAGUGCCUUCAAAUAUUAAGAAACGCUGUUCCACGUUUGGGAGGCAUGUUAAUCGUUUCAGCCUUUGCAUGACCUUGAAGUGUUUUGAAGAUGACCUGCGAUUGACGAUAAUAUCGACCUGCACUGCUACCACAUGUUUCAAUUGACUGGGUUGCAGCCAGUAUCGUGUGCCGUGCAAUACAUACAAAACGAAUCUCUUGUCUUGAUCGUGCCCUAUAUGAAUGUCUGGGUUCGUUUCCUGGUUACUCAACGCGUGUUUCUUUCGUCAGCGCCGCGUGCAACGGAUCAGGAUCACACCUCCGUUAGCUGAACAGACAAACAAGUGCGCGUGUUGAUGUGUAGGUGGAGACCAGCGGGUCUGGCUUGGGAGAUUGAGACAUCUUCAGGUGGCAGCACGUGUUUAAGGAGGGACACAUUAUGCGA